AUGAACACUUGGAAUUACACAAAAGAAUCUGACUUUAUCCUCAUGGGACUGACAGAUUCCAAAGAGAUACAGCUAGUCCUUGCUGUACUAUUUCUCCUGAUAUACCUCGUCACUGUGCUGGGGAACAUAGGCAUGAUACUGAUCAUUCGUCUAGAUACUCAGCUUCACACGCCAAUGUACUUCUUCCUAAGCCAUUUGUCGUUCCUUGACCUCAGUUACUCAACUGUCAUCACACCUAAAACUUUACAGAAUCUGCUGACUUCCACCCAAAUCAUUUCCUUUGUUGGCUGUUUCACUCAGAUGUAUGUUUUUGUCCUUUUGGCUGCUGCUGAAUGUUUCCUUCUUGCUUCAAUGGCCUAUGAUAGAUAUGUGGCUAUCUGCAACCCUUUACACUACCCAGUUAUCAUGUCCAAAAGAUUCUGCAGUACCCUUCUCACUGGUUCCUAUGUGAUUGGAACUAUGGACUCCACUGUUAAUAUAUUUUGUAUGAACACCUUAUAUUUUUGCAGACCCAAGGUAAUCCAUCACUUUUUUUGUGACACAUCCCCAAUUUUAGUACUGUCUUGCAAUGAUACAUAUAACAUUCAAACCAUUAUAUUCAUCUUUGCUGGUUCCACUCUAGUGGCUUCUCUUAUCACAAUAUCUGCAUCCUAUGUGUCUAUUCUCUCUACUAUUUUGAAGAUCAAUUCCACUUCAGGAAAGCACAAAGCCUUCUCCACUUGUGCCUCUCAUCUUCUAGGAGUCACUGUCUUUUAUGGUACUAUGAUUUUUACUUAUUUGAAACCAAGUAAUUCCGACUCCUUGGGAAAGGAUCAAGUGGCUUCUGUUUUCUAUACUAUUGUGAUCCCCAUGCUGAACCCACUUAUAUAUAGUCUCAGAAACAAAGAAGUGAAAAACGCUGUCCAUAGAGUUAUCAAAAGCAGGAAGGCUCAAGGCUUAAAUUCAGAGUGGCACUAAGU